AUGCACUCAUCUACUUCAGAACAUCCCUAUCUUACCCGUUUCAGUUCUACUGUUUCAACCAUUUCAACUUCUAAUUUGUCAACGACUUCAUUCAGGUUAAGCAAAGAGCUUCUUAACCAAACCAGGGAUCAGUUACUUAUAUUCCAACAAAGUGAUAAUGAGGAGAUGAAACCAGUUAUUAUUGCUAAAAAUGUAUCCCUCGAAACAUAUAUCAAGUAUUGCAAAGCUGAACGAAAGCUUCCUGUUAGCAUUCGUUUAGUUGAUGGAAACAUACAAGCUUAUGAAGUACCGCUCGCAUCUCAUGCAGUAGUAUCAAAUGAAAUCAGUUUCUUGAUUCGUAAUUGGAGUAAUCAAUUAUUUGGUGGAGACAAUGAAGACCUUAUUGUGGGUCCAAAUAGUUGUUACACUGCUGAUCUAACUAUCCGACCACAAAAUCUUCCUAGAGCUCCAGCUGGACAGGGAUCUGACUCAGAAGGGUUAGCAUACCCAACAACGGUUGUCGAAGUUGGAAACGGCGAGUCAACCCAUAGCUUACAUAAUCUUUCAACGGGUUAUUUUUCUCCACGAACGACUAUCCAAAUUUAUCUUGCAAUAAAACUGUUUCCUAUUCGUAAUGAUGGUACAAGAGCAAUGCUUGCACUACGUUAUCUACGUACAAAUCCAAAUCCAACAGUACCGGAUACCGUAAUAUCUUUCGGCACAGCACCUCUUAGUCAUCAUACAAUAGAUUUUCUUUUGAAUAGUGUGAACGUUUCAUCUGCUAAUGUUACUGGCGUUGGGUUUUCAACAAACGCUUGUAACGCCCCUGGUAUUUCGAAUUAUCAAUUGCAUAUUCCUGCUGCUGAAAUUUUUAACGGUGUACAUGGUGGCAUCCCCGCUUGA